UUUGCAAAUGUGCAUGAUGGAUAAUUUCGAUACUGAAAAAUUUAUUAUUGAUAUUCAAAAUAGACCAUCAAUUUGGGAUAGUUCCUCAGCAGAUUAUUCUAAUAGAGAUUUGAAGAAGAAAUGUUGGGAAGAAAUUAUGGCGAUGGCAACCAAUUUUGUUACUCUGGGUGAACUCUGGUCCAGCCACGUUGAAAUGGAGGAAGAAGAUGAAGCGAUAUUUUCCAGAAUCAAGGUCUUAAUAGAGAACCAUCUGCCAGACGGCUGGAGAGACUGGAAGAAAGAAGAUCUAUUUGGGAAAAAGAUAGACCACAAAGUAUUGAACAAAAUUCGCUUCGCCCUCCCCACAUUGGAACUGGUGAAAGCAUUCUACCCAGAAGCAACAUCGAUAGCUGACGUCGGAGGCCCUUUCAAGGAGACGGUGUCAAUCGUCCAGCUCAGACGACGAGUACCCGGUCAGAACCGAGAAACCAAUGAAGAGGAGGCGGCGAGUAUUGUCUUCGAGCUCGGAGGAGGAUGUCAAUGA